AGCCGCCGCCAGUCCCGGCCAAAACCGCCUCUGCUCGAGACAGGAGCCGUUGGCGUCGCCCACGCCCUCCAAGAGGGAGGGGCUCGCCAGCGAUGCCCGCCGCAGUGGCCCCGAUGGCUGGCAGGCCACCUGGGGCGGGGGCCAAGAAGGCGGCCGCCGACGUGCCAUGGAGCGAGCGGCACCGCCCGAAGCACCUGGGCCAGGUGAUCGGCAACACCGAGCAGAUCCGGAAACUGGCCGGGUGGCUCCGCGACUGGGACGACGUGGUGCUGCGCGGGAAGAAGAAGGAGCAGACAGUGCCCGAGAGCGAGAAGUGGAAAAAGUUCCCGGUCAUGGAGAACAUCAACGCCCGCGCAGCUCUCAUCAGCGGGCCGCCCGGGAUCGGGAAGACUACGACCUGCUCGCUGGUGGCUCGCUGCAGCCCGAUGUACAAGCUGAUGGAGUACAACGCGUCCGACGCUCGAGGAAAGACCAUCAUAGAGCAGAUGAGCCAGUCGCUCUCAGGGAACCACACCCUGAGGCUAGCCAAAGGCGGUGAGAGUUGCAUCGAGCGUGCAGUCAUCAUCAUGGACGAGUGCGAUGGCAUGUCUGGGGGUGGCGACAAAGGGGGCAUGCAGGCCCUGAUCAAGAUGAUCCAGCAGACCAAAAACCCAAUCAUUUGUAUCUGUAACGAUCGGGGAGACUCGGAGGUGAGAAAACUUGCGGAGCACUGUCUGGAUCUGCGGUUCAAGUCUCCAGACAACGCCGGGGUCGCCAAGCGCAUCAAGAACAUCCUCCUGGGCGAGGGCAAGAAGGUGGAGAUGUCCACCAUCGAGUCCAUUGUCGAGGCCUGCGGUCAGGAUAUCCGACAGGUCAUCAACCAGGUACAGUUUUUCGGCCUGGGCGGCACUCAUGGCCGCGGCUCCCAGAAGGACACAUCUGGCUCAUUAUCGACUUUCGAUGCCUGCACCGCUCUUCUCACAAGGGCUGAGCUGGACAAAAGGCCAUUGGAGAAGAGGAUGGAUCUCGUCUAUGUGGACGCUGACUUCGUGCCGCUCAUGGUUCAGGAGAACUACAUGAGAUCAUGCGAGACUCAGCGAACUGCGUCCGGCGAGGAUGAGCUCUCCCGUCUCGCCAAGGCGGCGGACCUCAUCGCAACCAGCAACGCCAUGAUGGGGAAAGGCGGCUGGGAGGUCCAAAAUAACGCGCUCGUGAUGGGCACUCUCUACCCCUCCUUCCUAACCGCUUCGGACCAGCGGUUUUCAAAGCCGGCGUUCCCCGCGUACAUGAAGGGGCUCGGCACCAUGAACAAGGGCAGGAGGGCGCUGCAGGACAUGCACGGUAAGCUAAUGGGGGCCACCACUUGUGGCAUCAGGGCACUCGUGACGAGCAGCUACCACGACGUCUUGUACCGCAGGAUGGUGAAGCCGCUUCAAGUAGGUGCCAUCAAGGAGUGCGCUGCUGCUCUUCUCAGCUACGGCCUCGGUAAGGAGUUCUUUCAGGAGCAAGCUCCUGCUCUCCGGGAUCCGCUCAAGCUCGAGGACGGGUACAGAAAGCUGGAGGGCAAGCUGAAAUCCGCUUUGACACACGAGAUCCAUGAUAUGGACAAGAACCAACAGAAGAUCAAAGAGACAAAGCGCAAGCGGGAGCCCGGCUCCGACAGGAAAGCCCGUUCAUCGCAGGAGCUGGCUGAUGAUGGAGCCGACGAGGCUGAAGAGGGCAACGGGGAUGGAGAUCCAGCGGCGAAACGGAAAAAGGUCAGCGGCAAAGCAAAGGCUAAGGCAAAGAAAGCAUGGUCUGCUGACACGUCUAAGGCCAGCCUGGCUGGCUGGAAGGUGGCCAAGCAGGGAACUGAUGCCGCUGAUGGGUCUGUGACAGACUCCCAGGCACCGAGGAAGCCGAUCCUGAUCCUCCGGUUCAUCGAGGGCCACACGUGCGCAGUGAGGCGCCAGAUGCACAUCGGUGACGUCGUGGGGCCCUGGAUCGGGUUCUAGUGCCUCUGUACCGCAGCUGGGGGUGCAGCUGGCACGCUCCCUGCGUGAGGGGUGCGAGUCCACGAGAGUCGCGGCCGGGGAGCGUGCGCCACGGCAGCCAAAACAUAAAAAGGGAGGCAUCCGCGGGGAGGCCGGGCCGCUCGGCGGCCACGGGGGGCCAGCAGGAGUUCCGAGGAGGAGAAGGUGCCGGUGUCCGCGGC